CGAACAUCGGAGGAACAGUGGCGGCACACGGUUCGGACAAUUGAUACGAGCCUGCCGUGCCGACCCACCGACAGACCCACUACACUCCUCCUCUGAUUGACUGACACUUGAGAGAAGAUGAUGAUCUAUGCAACAGCCACGUCAUAACAUCUUUCACCCAACUAACUAAUCAUGAGGUGGGCUCUAACACCAGGGAUUAUUGGGGUCGGGUGGGGUCUCACGGGGCGACAAUUUUUUGCCGGUGGGAGGAGUGCCAAACCGUACUCGACCGCCGUGCUCCUGCUGAACAUGGGAGGUCCGGCCGAGUUGGGGGAAGUGGGUCCGUUUCUGCACAGGCUGUUUCAGGACCGGGACAUCAUGCAACUCCCUAUGCAAACUCAGGUCGGUGCUUGGCUCGCGAAACGACGAACUCCUUCCAUCCGGGCGAAAUAUGCGGAAAUUGGGGGUGGUUCGCCAAUUUUAAAGUGGACGAAGAUACAGGGUGACUUGUUAUGUAAGGAGUUGGACAGCUUGUCCCCGUCAACGGCGCCACAUAAGCCGUAUGUUGGUUUUCGUUAUGCUAAUCCACUCACGAGGAGCACGUUGGAGGAGAUGGAAAGGGACGGGGUCAAGAGAGCGGUUGCCUUUUCUCAAUAUCCACAGUAUUCUUGCGCCACGACGGGCUCAUCGAUUCAUGAGAUACACAAGUUUUACAUGGAUAAGAAAGAGUCGUCCUCCAUCAAGUGGAGUGUUUUGGACAGGUGGGGCACGAAUCCUGGCUUUGUGGCGGCUGUCGUGGAGAGAAUCAAGGAACAAUUGCCUCACUUUCCACAAAAUCAGGGUCCGCCAGUCAUCCUCUUCUCGGCGCAUUCCCUCCCAAUGAAGACUGUCAACCGUGGGGAUCCAUACCCCGUCGAGGUUUCUGCCACUGUAGAGCUUGUCAUGAAAACUCUCGGCAGUACGUACCCCUACCGACUCGUGUGGCAGUCAAAGGUCGGACCGAUCCCAUGGCUGCGACCUUCCACCGAGGAGGCCAUCAAAGGUUUGGCUGCUAAGAAGUUACGCAACAUACUCCUCGUCCCGAUAGCAUUUGUGAAUGAACACAUCGAAACGUUGCAUGAGAUGGAUAUCGAAUAUGGGUCAGACUUAGCGAAACAGGUUGGCGUUACCAUCCGUCGCGCCCAAGCCCCGAACGACCAUCCCUUCUUCAUUAAGGGAAUGGCCGAGUGUGUCGUAAACCAUUUGAGGGAAGACGUCGCCGUGUCGCCCCAACUCUUAAUGACGUGUCCUCUCUGCACUCGAGAGACAUGUGGGAAGACGAAAAUGUGGCUCAACACGCUCAACAGCUUUAACCAGAAGCAAUAAUUGUAGUCUUAUCAAGUGUAAUAUUUAACCAUGAAACAGAUCUGAUCGAUAUCUGUAAUUAAUCGCGCUCUCUCUGUGAUGUCAUUAAUUUUUCGGGUCCGUUUCUGCCAGCGCAUUUGAAUGUAGUAGAUUAUUAGUGUGAAAAGCAUGUUGUUUAAAUCGAAAAAUGUUACGUGUAUAUAUUUUUAAAAGUGUUACGCAUUAUUAUGUCCGAUACCUCAAAUUUGGAAGUGAAUUAUAAUUAAAAUGGGUACUUAUGUGAGUUCAAAGAAUGAAACCAAAGACAAAACAAUA